AUGUUUCAAGACGAGAAGAGAAAGACAAACUAUGGAGCAAUGUGCUUGUUCCUGAAACUCGGAACAACAUCAUCCAUUUCCGUUAUCGAUAGCCCAAUCUCUUCAGGUGAGCUCUCUGACAGGAGAGAAUUCAAGAGAAAACAAGAGCCAUCUACUUACUGCCUCAAAAUCGCUAAUUUCGUAAAAUUCGCUAACUCUCCAAACAAUUUGAGGUAUGAAUGCCGUCCUUUUGCCUCCGGUGGAUUCAACUGGACACUUAUUGUGUAUCCUAAAGGAAACAAAAACGAAGAUGGCCAGGGACAGUUGUCGAUCGGUGUCGACAUCUUCGUGACUGAACAUUUUAAACAAUGGGAAGCGUUCCGCUUCACUGACCAUUUUCAUAAACGCUUUUACACAUGGACAAUCUCCAAAUUCUCGUCGCUAGAUAAAGAGUUCUAUGUCACGGAUAAGUUCGAGAUUGGAGGAAGAAACUGCGGUGAUGGAGACGGACAGGGUAAAUCUGUGUCGCUAUAUCUCGCUCCGGCCGAUGUUAUAUCUUACGACAGGAUUUACCUAAGAGCUAAGCUACGAAUCCUAAACCAGAAAGAUUCUAAACAUUUCGAGAAAUCAGUUGAAGGCUUGUCGGAUCGAACAAACAGUUGGGGAUUCCAGAAGUUUGUGCCGUUCUCUGAUCUUAAGAAUUCUUCUACAGGUCUUCUCGUGAAUGACACAUUGAAGGUUGAGGUCGAAGUUGAAGAUUUGUCUAAAACAAAAUACUUUCCGGAAUAG